AGUCAGACACAGUAGCCAACGCACAAGCAAAAAUGCCAAGCACAACAAUGAGGCAACAACUAAUGCUGCUCCUGAUUGCCGCAAUGGCAUUGCAACUAUCACAAGCCUUUCUGCUGAAGCUGCCCAAGUUGGAAGAUCUGGCGGAGAAACUGGAUGGGAAGCAGCAGAAGGAGGCGCUCAAGAAAUUGGAUUUCCUUAAUUUGUUCACGGAGAAGAAGGAGAAUGAAAUGGAGAAAAUCAAACAGUUUUUCGAAGACAAGAAGCUCAAACAACUCGAAUUCUUUGAGGGCAUCAAAGAAAAGGAGACGGCGAAACUCGAGGAGAAGAUCAGCAAGAAGAGCAGCAAGAAGCAAAAGCCCAAAACAACCACAGAAUGCUACAGCGACCACUACACCAGCAAGCCGACCUAUGCCGAACAUUCGUACGAGGAGCGCUACAAGAAGCAAGAUGAAGAGGAAGAGGAUGAAGAAGAGGAGAUCCAGCAACCCAAAAAAAUAGUCAAAGAGAAGCCCUGCGCCUGCAACACAAAGAGCGGCUACAGUGCCUACAAUGGGUAUGCGCCCACUGCGUACGAUGUACGCGAAAAUUACGAGGAUGGUAUUCGCUAUUUUACAUAGAUCCCCUGCACACAUUUACAAAUGCAUAGUUCAUAAUUUACAAACAAAUGUACAAAUGUCUUAAAUUAAUAAAACUAAUAAGAUCUUCAAUUGUGA